AUGGCGAAUGACGGCACAACCAAUACGACCGCUGCAGUGAGCGUGAACGGCACAAAGCAGCUCAAUGGCAAACCCAAGGCAAGCCGACAUCCUCUCGACCCUCUGACGGGCGCAGAGAUCUCAGCAACCUCUAAAGCUGUGCUCAAGUAUCUUGUCGAACAUGUUGCCGGUCCCAAAGCCUUCAAGAUCGUCUAUGUGACCUUGCACGAGCCACAAGACAAGAUCGCUCUCUUGCGUUAUCUUGGCAUACCGACUUGCCCAGAGGAGGUCACGCCUGGCGGUUUCAAGCCUGACAAGUCCGUCUCCCUCGCGAGAUGUGCAGAGACUUGCAUCAUCAAUGCAGCCAGCGGCCUGUCAUACGUCGUCAGGAGUACGCUCGACGAGUCGCUCAAGGUCACCAUAGAUGACUUUGAGCAGCUCGAGGAGCACGAGCAGCCCGCUAUCACUGUCGAGGAACUCUUCGAAUGCGAGACCGUCAUUCGUGCAGACCCAAAAGUGCAACAGCUCUGCAGAGAUGUUGGCUUUGAGCCAGACCAGCUCUUUGUAGAUGGAUGGGCGAUAGGCAUUACCACUCGAUUCGAAGGCAUUCGAUUACAACAGGGCUUCUGUUACUUCCGUGUCCGCGACGAAGGCAACUUUUAUGCCCACCCUGCUGACUUCGUCCCGGUCAUCGACUCGAACGCUAUGAAGGUCAUUCACAUUGACUUUCCAACACAAUCCACCUCGCAACAUCCAAUCUCAUCAGCAGGUACGACUGCUCCGCCAAGCUUAGACCAGGACGCGCUCAAGGCUGCUGGGCGAGACCGCAUUGCGCCCCCUAUGCAGCCCUUCGACUAUCUGCCUGGGCCCUUGCUCGCUGACAAGCAGUCUGGCUUCAAGUAUAGAGACGACAUCAAGCCGCUUCAUGUCGUACAGCCAGAGGGUGUCAGCUUCAAGAUAGACGGACAUCAUGUCAGCUGGCAAAAGUGGGACUUUCAUAUUGGCUUCAAUUGGCGCGAGGGUGUCACUCUGAACACAGUGACCUACAAUGACGAUGGCACGAUCAGACCCCUGUAUCGUUCAAUCAGCAUCGCCGAUAUGGUCGUCCCCUAUGGCGAGCCCGCCUGGCCAGCGCCAAGAAAGUGCGCAUUCGACAGCUCCGAAUACGGAAUGGGCACAGUUGCGAAUUCACUUUCACUCGGCUGUGACUGCCUUGGCACGAUUCAGUACCUUGACACGGUCUGCUCUGAUCAUGCAGGCAACCCUGUGACGAUCAAGAAUGCUGUCUGUAUCCACGAGGAAGAUGCCGGUCUGCUUUGGAAGCAUAGCGAUCUGAGACCCGGUGGCAAAGCACAUGCCACCCGAGCCCGCAAGCUUGUCGUCAGCUUUGUCUGCACCGUGGCGAAUUACGAAUACAGCUUUGGCUAUGAGCUAUUACAAGACGGCACACUGACACUCGUGACCAAGCUCACGGGUAUGCUCAAUAUAUACGUGCUUGCCGAAGGCGAAAAGGCAGGCGCGCAUGGUGUCGAAGUUGCGCCAAGGCUCAAUGCACAUCACCAUCAGCAUCUGUUCUCGCUGCGCAUAGAUCCGAUGAUCGACGGCAUCAGGAAUAGUGUCGUAGAGACAGACAUUGUACCUAUGAAGGCAAAGACAGGCUCAAAGGAGAAUUAUUUCGGCAAUGGCUGGACGAGCGAGAAGACACUGCUCAAGACGACAAAGGAGGGCGUCAGAGAUGCAGACUUUUCAAAGAGCCGCUCCUGGUCGAUGAUUCAGCCCGGCAAGACGCACUACUCAAGCAAGCAGCCCGUUGGCUGGAAGAUCAUGUGCAAAGACAUUGUACCCUUGCUUGCUCAGCCAGACUCUCUCGUUGCUACAAGAGCGCCCUUUGCAAAGCAUUCACUCUGGGUUACACCGAACAAGCCGGACCGCCAGUGGCCCGCGGGCAAGUGGGCGACUCAGUCGAUGGUCACACCGAAGGAUACCGUGCAGGCCUGGGUCGAAGGCGAUCAGAAGAUUGACGACGAGGAUAUCCUCAUUUGGUUGACGUUCGGCACGUCGCAUAUCGCACGACCCGAGGACUUCCCUGUCAUGCCCGUCGAGCAUCUUUCGGUCACGCUGAAGCCAGUAGGCUUUUUCAAUGUCAAUCCGGCACUCGACGUGCCGAGCACAAUCGAUGCAAAGUCCAGACUUCACGAACACGGCUCCACUGAUCAAUUGACAGCAGCUCAAGACUCCAGUAACGGUCAUGCCGUCCACGUAGACAACGCUUGCUGCGCUUGA